AUGCCCAUCAACUACUUAAUUCUCCUGUCUCGCCAGGGCAAAGUCCCGACUGACUUUUUUCUUGACCCUCAGCGCCUUGCCAAGUGGUUCACUACUCUCUCCCCCAAGGAGAAGGCCAAGAUCAUCAAGGAUGUGACCCAGCUGGUUCUGUCGCGUCGCACGCGCAUGUGCAAUUUCCUCGAGUACAAAGAUUCUAAGGUCGUCUAUCGUCGCUAUGCCUCCCUCUUCUUUAUCGCCGGAUGUUCCUCGACCGACAACGAAUUGAUCAGCCUAGAGGUGGUCCACCGCUACGUCGAACAAAUGGACAAAUACUAUGGGAAUGUGUGUGAGCUGGACAUCAUCUUCAAUUUCCAAAAGGCCUAUUUCAUCUUGGAUGAGCUGUUAUUGGCCGGAGAAAUGCAAGAGAGUAGCAAGAAGAAUGUGCUACGCUGCAUCAGUCAACAAGACAGCCUGGAAGACAUGGAGGUUGAGGAAGAUGUGGUCACCAAGAUUAUGUAG